AUGGCUCGUUUCUCUCCAAAGUUCAACGCUGAGGGCGACGGGAAAAAACGGGGCGGUGCUGAGAGCCAAACCGAGGGCGCUCAAGCCCCCAAGAGGAGGAAAUUAGUCAAAGUCUCCUCCGUCGCCCCGGGGUCAGCAGCCGGCGGCCCCUCCAACGCCGGCGCUCAACCCACCGCUGCUGCUCUGUCCAAAGGCAAGGAUGUUGCCGCCACUGCUACCAUUGCAAGCUCCCAAUCUCCGACUGGCGGGACGAGCCAAUUCUCUGCCGCCAAAGCUUCCGCCGCCACGGCCACCAAGUCUGCACUUGUCACGGCUCCCAACUCCGCUACCGCAGGUGCAACCACCGUUGGCGCCUCUAAGUCCACCACUAUAGGCGCCACAACCGCAACUGCUGACCAGACAUCAACUGCUGGCACAACCACCAACGCUUCUCAACCCUCAGCUGUUGAGAAGCUUGCCGCCAUCAACGCCACAACCGCUGCCGCCCCGCCUCCAACGAAUGAUGGGCGUUCCAUGUCUCCCCCGCCUCGUCAAGAAGAAAGACCCCCUCCUGAUGCCGCCCCUACCUUCGAAGCAGCCCGGAUCGAGCAAGCUCCUGGCAACAAGGGCGGCUACCCUAGCUACUACAACAUGCUUCCCAACGCCAUUGAACCUUCAGAGUUCUUGCUUACCAGCCUCAACCGUGACGCCAUAGAAAAAGAAGUUUCGAGCCAAGGUAUUAAUGAGACCAAAGAGGAGACCCUUGCUUGUCUUCUACGCGCUGGGUGUAUCUUUGCCCACACGUUUGACAAUUUCAACGCCGCCGCUGCUGAAACUGAACGGUUGAAGGCUGAGAGUGCCCAGCACCAAGAAGUCGUUGCUUCUUGGAAAAAGCGCUUCGACAAACUGUUGGAUCAAGCGGGAAAGGAAAAGGUUCAGGCCGACAAGUUGAUUGGCGCGGCGGGGAAUAGGAUCGGCGAGCUGGAAGACGAUCUGAAGCUGAUGAAGGAUGAGGCGGACGGCCUUGAUGCAAGCCUCCAAGCUUGCAAAAAGCAAAAAGAUCAAGUAGAGAAGGACCUGGCCGCCAAAGGCGAGGCGCUGGCUGCCAAGGAGUCAGAGCUUGAAAUAUUGGGCGCUGAACUGCAGUCAGCGAAGAAGGCGCUGGCGGAGCAGGAGGGGAAGUCUGCUGAGUCUUUGGCUUCUGCGAAGGCAGAUCUGGAGGCGGUGAUGCGAGCUACUGCUGAAGAGAUCAAGAAGGCGGAUGAGUCUCAAGGGGCAGCCCUCGCCGCGAGAGAUGCUGAGAUAACGUCCCAUCUUGCGAGGAUCAAAGAGCUAGAGAGCGAGCUGUCGGCGGAGAAAGCCAAAGCUACUAAGCGUCAUGGGAAUAAUGAAAGAAAUCAACGCUGA